AUGCCACAACUUUCAUAUCCUCCAGGGUUAGCAGAUUGGUGCCUUCCUUUCGAUGAAAAUCUUCCUAAAGAAAUCGCAACUCAUUUUAUUGAUCUUCCAGUAAAACGUUACGAUGAAAUACCUGAAUUUUUGUAUUCUGUACUGGAUCUUCUUAAUAAACUGAACGACACAUUCACGGCUUAUAUCACAAGUCUUAAAUUAAUAUCAGAACAAGGACCCAAUCGAAAAAAUAUCUUUUUCGAAAAUGUUGAAAAAGCUCGAAGAUAUCUCCAGAAAGAAGGGUUUGCUAGAAGAGUAGAAGGUGAUGUGUUGAAAGUUUUUGAGGGAGUACGUGAAAAUGUUGCGUCGGAACUAAGAGAGAUAGUUCAAAAAUCUACUACGUCUUUUCUACCGAAAAAACGUGUGCGUGAUACACAAGAAAGAGAACUUGAUGUUGUGAAUGAAUAUUUGGUGAAUUUCAUGAUCGAUGCUUCUGAUGUUUUCAGAAAAGUAACUUUUCCGUCAUACUAUAACAAACUUAAAACUAUCUGGAAAACUCGAGAUUCUGAGUCCAAAUUUUACGUACUCGAUUUAGGAGAUGAAGAUACAUGGAAACAGGUAUAUAGACUUUUAAAUGAGGGUGAAUUGGAUUCGUUAUAUGAAAGGUUAAUAUUGGAAGAUGAAGAAAAAUUCAUAAGUGAAAAGACACAUGAGUAUUUAGCAUUUUUUGAUUAUAUUGUACCUGCUCAAUCAAAGGGAGACGAAGCAGUUGAUAGUUAUCUUGUGAACAAAAGUAAUAACGAGACUAUAGAAGAAAACAAUGAAGUGGAGAAAAUAGUACAUCAAUUGAGCAGUGUACCCGAAAAAUAUUACUAUUUAUCCAACUUCUUUCCUAUUCCGACGGAUUAUGAACAAUCCAAAAUGCCUGAUUUAUUUAUUGUCAAGAAUAUCUCCAACCAUUUUGACAUCAUCACAAAAAUGAAUGACAUAUCUAUAAAAAUCGAUAUUCAAGAUAACGGCUAUAAAGCCGAUGGAGUAUUAGAGCUUUUCAAACGACUCAAGCAAAUUCCAUUGUUUUUGCUUGAAGUGUCGGAAGGGCUUAAUAAUCCAGAUCCAGAUAAGAUUAAUGAUGAUAGGCAUAAAUUACUGAGCGAGGCCCAAGCAUUUGCUGAUAAAAUUGAAAUUGGCCAAUUAAUAUUUAUUGGUCCUGGUUUAUAUCUUUUUGCACCAUUUACAAUCCCAGUUCUUACGAUCCCAACUUCCAAUACUGAUCUAAAUCAUGUACCUAGACUUAUUAGAACACUUUUAUGCUUACAAUACAAUCUUGUUGAAAAGAUCAAAAGGACGCAAAAUGCUGUGACGUUUGCAGAAUUUCUGCCAAAAAUAUCGAGAGGAGAAGGAAAGAAUGUGAAUAGUAGGGGGAGAGGUCGCAGUAGAGACCGUG